GUCCUCCGUCGCCGCCGUUGUCCCAUUGAGAGAACCUGAACAUGGCAUCCGACGGACCGCCGGACACCGAAUCCCUCCCGUCCGAUUUAGGCGGCGCUAUUGCGGCGCUGAACACAUGGAGCCACCCGGAGCUUCACGCCAAGCUGGCGGAGCUGGGAGCCCCGACGAUGGGUCCCAGAGAGGAGCUGAUGGACCGACUGAAGGGGUACAUGAUUCAGACGGGGAUCCUCCUCAGCAAACCCAACGACGACAACCCGAUGGGCUCCCAGAUGCAAGGUAUCCCUCCCAUGCCCCCGAUGCCAAUGCCACCCCUGCCUCCUGGUAUUGGCAUGCUCCAGGCGAUGAGCUUGAUGCCCGGAGGGGCCCCACCACCUGGCAUCCACAUAGGCAUGGAGCCCCCGGGUUUGCCCCCUCCCGGCCUAUCGCAGGAUGAGCAGCUGAAGAUGGUCCAGCACAGAGCAGCCAUGGUGUUGCAGCAGGAGGAGAGAGCCCAGCAGCAGGGUGAGUCCCGUGUCAUGGAUGGGCAGGAUCUCCUGGAUCAGGAAAUGGCUGCUGUACUGAUGGAACAGGAGCGUCAGCAGGAGAUGCUCCAGAUGCACCAGGGGCAGGGGCCCAGAACCAUGCUUCCUCUCGGAGUAAUGAGAGGUUUGGAUCCACGUGGGCCGCUGCCUCCUGGAGUCAGCAUGAUGCCAACCCUAAAACAGAGAGUGCCGCCUCCUCCGGGAGAAGAUAACAGAGAGGUGUGGCAGAACGAGGAGGUAAGCAUCAGUGGCCCCAAGAUCCCUCAAGCUCUGGAGAAGAUCCUCCAGCUGAAGGAGAUCCGACAGGAGCAGCUCACCGACCCCGCAGAGGAAGAUGACGAGGGAGCAGACACGGACAUGAACUCCUCCGCGCCGGUCAUGUCGGAGACGGAGGAUGAUGACAGUCAGAUAUCGAAAAAAGAUAAAAAUCGCAAACGCAGAAACCGCAAGAAGAAGAACAAGAAGAAGCGCGCCCUGGAGAAGAAGGAGCAGGCGGUGCAGGAGAAGGACGGCAGCGACAAGGACAAGGAGAACGACAAAGACGCCGAGGAGGACAACGAGAAGGAGAAGGAGCCCGAGGUGGAGAUCGAGUACAUCACAGAGGAGCCGGAGAUCUACGACCCCAACUACAUCUUCUUCAAGAGGAUCUUUGAGGCCUUCAAGCUGACCGAUGACGUGAAGAAGGAGAAGGAGAAGGAGCCCGAGAAGACCGAGAAGCAGGAGACGGCCGUGCUGCGGAAAAAGGGCUUUGAGGACGAGAGGAAGGACAGCGACGACAGCGACGACGACAUGAGACCAGACGUACCGAAACUCUCAAAGAAGAAGAUGAGGAGGAUGAACAGGCUCACCGUGGCUGAACUCAAACAGCUGGUGGCUCGUCCGGACGUGGUGGAGAUGCACGACGUGACGGCCCACGAGCCCAAGCUGCUGGUCCACCUGAAGGCCACCAGGAACACGGUGCCCGUGCCCCGCCACUGGUGCUUCAAGCGGAAGUAUCUGCAAGGCAAGAGGGGUAUAGAGAAGCCCCCAUUUGAGCUGCCCGAGUUCAUCAAGAAGACGGGCAUCCAGGAGAUGAGGGAAGCCCUGCAGGAGAAGGAGGACGCCAAAACCAUGAAAACCAAAAUGAGGGAGAAGGUUCGUCCCAAGAUGGGAAAGAUCGACAUCGACUACCAGAAGCUGCACGACGCCUUCUUCAAAUGGCAGAUCAAGCCCAAGCUCACGAUCCACGGGGACCUUUACUACGAGGGGAAAGAGUUUGAAACUCGUCUGAAAGAGAAGAAGCCGGGCGAUCUGUCUGAUGAGCUUCGCAUCGCUCUGGGCAUGCCGGUCGGACCCAACGCCCACAAGGUGCCUCCCCCCUGGCUGAUAGCCAUGCAGAGGUACGGCCCCCCUCCCUCCUACCCCAACCUCAAGAUCCCCGGACUCAACUCCCCCAUCCCAGACAACUGUACGUUUGGUUAUCACGCCGGAGGCUGGGGGAAACCGCCGGUAGACGAAAUGGGCAAACCGCUCUACGGCGACGUGUUCGGGACCAAUGCUGCCGACUUCCAGGCCAAGGCGGAGGAGGAGGAGGUGGACCACGCACCGUGGGGAGAGCUGGAGCCGUCAGACGAGGAGUCGUCGGAGGAAGAGGAGGAGGAGGAGAGCGACGAGGAGAAACCAGACGAGACCGGAUUAGUCACGCCGGCAGACAGUGGGCUGAUCACCCCCGGAGGCUUCUCGUCAGUACCCGCCGGCAUGGAGACCCCGGAGCUGAUCGAGCUGAGGAAGAAGAAGAUCGAGGAGGCCAUGGACGGAAACGAGACGCCGCAGCUGUUCACGGUGCUCCCCGAGAGACGGACCGGCCCCGUCGGCGCCGCCAUGAUGGCCUCAACGCACAUCUACGACGUGUCGGGGGCCAUGGCGGCUCGUAAGGCGGGCGGCGGGCAGGAGUCUCAGGGCGUGGAGGUGGCCCUGGCUCCCGAGGAGCUGGAGCUGGACCCCAUGGCCAUGACGCAGAAGUACGAGGAGCACGUCCGGGAGCAGCAGGCCCAGGUGGAGAAGGAGGACUUCAGCGACAUGGUGGCCGAGCAUGCCGCCAAACAGAAGCAAAAGAAGAGGAAGGCCCAGCCGCAGGACACAAGGGGCGGAGCCAAGAAAUACAAAGAGUUCAAGUUCUAGAGCACGAAAGAGGAAGAGCUGUACGCAGAUUUUUAACUUUUGGAGGAUGCCGACUGCAACGUCGAUCAUCUGUUAGACCAGUAACCGGUUCUUUUUAUUUUUUAUUACUAUAAUUAGGGAAUGUUUUCGUGAUGUAAUCGGUGUCACGUGAGAAUGGUGACGUGUUCCCUUACAUUUUCGUCUUGGUUAUUUUUUUACAUGUAGCCCUGUUUUCUUUCUGUUUUUUGUAAAUAAAUGAUAAAACUUU